GCUACUGAAGUUCCCCUUCCAGGCAUGACAGUAGGUAGUUUCGAGUCCGAAGCGAGCGAUUUUAUGUCAUCGCAACAACAGCUACAACGCCAAGGCGCUCUUGAGGUCGCUGCCAUGGUGAUGCCGGAGAGUAAUUUCUCCUGGGGUGGUGUUCUUGACCAGCAAACGAUGGCGAGUGUUUCCUCGUCAAACUGUCCCCACUUGCCAGCUCUCACACCCUCUGAUGCCUACUGUUCGGCUGAUUUCGAACUUAUGCAGAUGGAACUUACUGCCCCCUCCAUAGCCCUGAGAUUUUCCUCUCCUUCCACCGAAUCCUCCUCUUCCAUACCCAGUACGCCUUUCAUGGCCUGUAGCGCGCGGUCAAUGACCGCCUGGCUCUUCACGCCGCACUGGACCCACCUUCAAUGCCUUUUCAAAGUCACCAGGACCGGACUCUUAUAUGCCCCCUCCUUCGCCGGCGUUCCGAACGGUAGCUUAUUGAGUUGCACAGCCGAAACCUGCCGUGUGGAGUUCUCCAAUGAAGUCCUUUUUGCUCUUGGCUGGCUAACGGAUCGGCUGAAAGAGUUUACAAAGUCUACAGCCAGUUACUGUCCUGGCUGGAUGAUCAGAAACAACACCGAUAAGGUAAACCCAUACGCCUAUCAACUAUCCUGGCUCUAA